UUGAUAAAAUAUAAUUUAAUUAAAAAAAACCUGAUGUUGGUUGUAAUAAUUUAUAUUUAUUUUUAUUUUAUUAAGUUCAAUAAAAUUUAGAAAGCAAAGAUAAACAAAUAAAUAAUUAUAUAAAUAGGAAUAUAGAUAAACUUAUAGAUGGCUGAAAAAAAUUAGAUUACAUUAGGGUAUUGGAAUAUAAGAGGUUUAGGUUAGCUAAGCAGAUAUCUUCUUGAAUACACUGGUCUUAAGUACAAGGAAAAGAGAUAUUAAAAGCUUGAGGAAUGGUUCUAAAAGGAUAAGUAAGGAUUAGGAAUAGAAUUUGCAAACUUACCUUAUUUAAUAGAUGGAGAUUUAAAAUUAACCGAAAGCCACGCAGUAAAUCUGUACAUUAUAAGAAAGAGCGGCAAGAAUGAAUUGCUAGGAACUAAUCUGAUCGAGGAAUCUAAAAUUAGAGAGCUUAUUGGAUAUUUAGAAGAUUUUUUCAGAUAAAUAUUAACUUUGUGCUUUAAUCCUUAAUUUAGUAUCAUUAAGUAACAAAAGUAUAAUGAUGACUUUAGCCUAAGAUUGCAAAGAUUGGAAAAUCAGCUCACUAAAGACAACAGAAAAUGGCUUAAUGGUCAAUCACUUAGCCUUCCUGAUUUUAUAUUCUAUGAAAUUAGUUAAUACAUUAAAGGAAUCUAUCCCGAAGAAUUUAAAAAACUGCCAAAAAUCUAAGCCUUCCAAGCCCGUUUUGAAGAAAUUGAGUAAAUAUAAGACUAUAUGAUGUCUGAAGAGUACAUUUAUGCUCCAUUCUUAGCAGUUGGUCAUGGAGCCUAAUGGACUGGCUUAAAAUAAAAAUGAUUAAAUGAAAAUAUAUUUAAAUAUAAAUGGUUUUUAAUUAUUUAAAUCGAUAUUUUGCAUUUAAAUUUCAAAGAAUUCCUGUAAUCAGUCAGUUUUUAUUUUAUGUUAAACAACUCAAAUUUGUUUCAGUUUAGUAAGUAGAAAAAAAAAUAUAAAGAUUUUAUUUUGUUUUAUUUUUUGAAAUAUUGUAUUUUAUUUC